AGGCAAGUCAGUGCUGACCCGAAAAAAACCCAGUGUAAACUGAUUUGAAGUCAGUACAGUGGCUUGAAGUCAGCGCUGACUUGAAUAUUCGGACACGAAUAUUUUAAAGUCAGUUGGCGCCCCCGCCACCCGCGCACCCCCGCGCCAGCCAAAUAAACCCCGUGUAAACAGACAAGUCAGUGCGUGGUUAGUCACUGCCGCUGCGUUGUAGAGUGACCACGUUUUUUUCGCUGGCGAUAAAAUGAAGCUUAGCGAAGGCGAAACCUUAAAAUUGGUGCAAUUAUAUGGCGAAAACGAGUGCCUUUGGGAUAUUAAAUCCCUAAAUUACCGCAAUAAAGAAAUGCGGUCAACAGCGUUGCAAAAUAUGGCUCAACAAAUGCAAAUCGAAGGGCUCACUUCUACUGAAGUAAAAAAUAAAAUUAAAGCCAUAAGGGCUACAUAUUAUUUAGAGCUCGACAAGAUACAAAAAUCCACCAAAUCUGGCGCUAGUGGGAACGUAUAUGUCCCAAAAGUCAAGUGGUUUCAAGAACUGGACGGCUUUAUAAAAAAUGCUAUUGUAAAAAGAAAAACAAUGGAUAACUCAGGAACCAGCAACGAUGACGCUGAGUUGGGUGAAGCUGAGGGUGUUGGUGACGGAGCUGAAAAUGUAUCAAGAUCUACUGAAAAUAAUGAUAAUUCUACUGAAACGCCAACUCAAGCCAUCCAGACGCCAGUUCGACAUUCUGGGCCUCCGCGAUCAAAACGCUCCAAAAUAUCUCAGAUGGCCGCCAUGAUAAAGGACUUAAAAAGUAUGUCAAAUGAUGUUAAUAUGUCACCAUCUGAAGAAGAGUCUGACGCUGAUAUUUUCGGUAAACAUGUGGCGGCUCAACUAAAAAAACUGUCUGAAGAACAAUAUGUUAUUGCACAAGAAGAGAUCCAAAAAAUAUUAUCCAAAGCUAGAUUGGCUGAUAUACAACAAAAGAAGUAUACAGAAAAUGCACAAUCUUCAUCCCCUAACUAUUUUAUCCCUAGUCUACACAACAACAAGCAGCACAAGUAGCAUGGGAUUUUACUCCCUGGAGCCCAACCCAAUGACUGCAUCAAGCGACAACACCAUAACAUUUUACCCGCCAGAGGUUGCCGAGCCUGCCACUAGCAACAGCUCUUUAGGAUUUCAUGCUUCCGAUCGAUCAACGAACCCCACAUUUGUAAACCCCAGGCAGGUUAUAAUUACACCCUCAGUUUUGAAUUACAGCACAACGAAGAAGCUGAAAGUGAAAAUAACACUGCUGUUAACACGAUUAUGCGUGCCUAUGAAAAUUCUUAAUACUAUUUUGAUGUUGUAAGAAAUACAACAUUUUCUAAUAAUUUAAUAAUAAAAAAUUUCUUACCUUAA